GCAUCCCACCACCACCACCACCACCACCAUAACUAAUACUAACCAACCAACACCUUCUCGAUCUUCAACUAGUAUAUACCAUGGUGAAGUGAAAUCAUCCGAAUUAAAGACAUCGUCGUCUUGGUCAUCGAUCAACUAGCUUCAAAUACCAUUGAUCGAAGUGCUAGGAAGGAAUAAAUAAUACACAUUACAUGCCGUGGGCUGUGUAGGCUGGGCAGCUGACUGUCAAGUGAUGAACAUGGAGGGUGAAGGAGGAGGAGUGGUGGUGAGGGGAAGAGUAGAAAUCGACAUGAGGCAACCUUUUCGUUCUGUGAAGGAAGCAGUGACGCUGUUUGGGGAAAAGGUUCUAGCCGGUGAAGUCAUUGGAAACAAGCUUAAACAGAUGCAAGCAAGAGGCGAUGCUGAACAGCCACACCAAUCUAAAAUAGGAACAGUGACAGCCGAGCUUGAAGAGACAAAAAGAAGCCUUGAAAAGUCUAAAGAAGAAGGAAAUCUAAUGGCAUACUACCUUCAUUCGCUCAAACUAGAGCUUGAGCAGACAAAGAAGGAGCUACAGCAGCUGAAGGGCUCGAGGGAAUUAACUGAUCAUCACAAACCAACACCAUCACUCGAUCCUGAGAUUGAAGAACUCAAGUUCAUUGAAAACGCAAGCACCAAAGUUGAAGUCAAGAGUACACAAACUCAGGGGUUCGAGGAGCUCGAAAGGAAGAGGUCAGUCAAGUUUGCUAGUCCUCCACUGCUAACUCGAGUGAUUAUUAGCAAAGAAGAAGAUGAUCGUCCUCAUCAUCGUCAAGAGGGAGUAAAUUCAAGCUCUUCAGUUGGAGAAAAGAAAUUGAAGAAGAGGCCAUCAUUUGGAUUUUUGUUUGCCAAAAAGAAGGGGCACCAGAAAAGUACCGGACCAUGAAUCAAUGGCCUCAUUAUUCGUUGGGCAGGCUAUUCUUCAAGCUCGUCGUUUGAGGCAUGAAAUAAGGCCAUUCCGGAAUUUUGUUUACAGGUUAUAGUGUUCUCUUCAAAAGAAGCGCAUGCAAGCUAGAGCUCAUGGUUAAAAUUCUAUCAAUCCAUAUUAAUAACAAUAAUGUAAUCGUUUAUUUCAUUGAAA